AUGUUUAAUCUUCCACCACCACCACGAUUUACUCUUCCACCUCCACCAAAAUUUCCAUCAGAUGUAUUUGAUAUAAAAAUUCUUCUUCAAUUAACUUGUUCAUCAAUUCAACAAGAACAACAACAGCAAAUUAAUCUUCAUUUGGUAAUUAUUAGUUUUAUUAUUAUCAUUAUUCUUGCAAUUUUUCUAACUCUAUUAUUUAUAUAUAUUCAAUUUUAUUAUCGACGAAAAUCUUUCAAAAAUAAAUUUGUCUCAAAAUCAAUAACUACUAUUCCAAAAGAUAUAUCAAUCUAUAGAAAUUAUUCAUAUGAAGCUAUCAAUUAUAAUAUGUAUCUUGACUCAAUUAAUUCAUCAGAAACAUUUUUAUCAAUAAAUCCAAAUCAUAUUAUUUAUAAUCAAUGUCAUCAAAUAUCUUCUCAUCCUUCAUAUUAUUAUACUAUUCCUUAA